CCAGUCUGCCUAUGACGUCACAGAAGAAGACACGGCGCGGCAUCUGAAGAAGAAACUGUUACUCUAUCAUGUAACGUUAACAUGACCAAGGUUAUUAUCAACUUAUUAACGGAACAAGACAUGAAUAUCUUGUGAAGAAAACGGCCAUACCGUGUUGAUGUUACCUUUUAGGUCGCGCAUUGAUAUCCUCACAAGUGGAGAUGAGCGUCCACUGCGUCCUGACGUCUGCUGGGCGAAGCUUGUCUCUAUCGUGUCCCGCCGCUGGACUUCUACGCUCCCUUCUUCCUCCUUCCAUCACAAGAAGAAACAUGGCCUCCAAAAGACUAAUGGACCACCUCGAGAGGACGGCACACAACCAGAGACAAAGCGCUCUGUAUCCUGCUCAAGUGUGCGGCAUCAUAAACGAGUCAGAGACUGUAAAACGUCUCAGGAUAGCCGUCCAUCCGGACUUUAACUUCAAGGCGGGACAAUGGGUGGAUUUGUUCAUCCCUGGAGUGGAGAAGGUGGGAGGUUUCUCCAUGUGCUCCAGCCCAGGUCUGCUGCAGAGGGAGGGGGUAGUGGAGUUGGCCGUCAAAUACUCCAAACACCCGCCAGCGCACUGGGUCCACACGGCGUGCACUCUGGGCUCCCAGGUGGCCAUGCGUGUUGGCGGGGACUUCUACUUUGACCCCUCACCUGCAGACCCUGCCGUCAAUCUGCUGCUGGUGGCCGGCGGCGUUGGAAUCAACCCGCUCUACUCCAUUUUGUCGCAUGCGGCGGAUUUGCUGGAAGUCAGCCGUGCCCCCAUGGGUUCAGCGCACCUCUGCUACAGCGCCAAGACCACAGAGGAGCUUCUCUUCAAGAAUUCCAUCCUGCAGGUGUGCGGGCAGUUUCCUGAUAAGUUGUCAUGUGACUUCCAUGUGACCCAGCAGAGCAACGAUCUUGAGACACAUCUCCAGUCUUUCGUCAACCGGCAAAGAAUCACAGCAGAGGAGCUGCGGGCUCACGUGGACCCAGAAAGGACUUUAUGUUACCUCUGUGGACCUCCACCCAUGAUUGAGGCCAUCUCCAGAACCCUCCAAGACCUGGGCCUGGCACAGGACAGGAUCGUGUUUGAGAAGUGGUGGUAGUGACAUCAUCAGCGUCUUGCCCACUUGGGACCAGGAUGAUGCCGUGUUUGUGGUGCAGGUGACAAUGUGAACAAUACAUGGGAUAUUUAUUAGACUUGGACUUACACAAACUUUAACGAUCCACAAGGGAAAUUGGACUGAAAACAAGCUUUUACUCGGCUCCCAGGUGCCAAAUCCUACACUGAUUCUUACAAAAGUAUUUUUCUUGUCGUGCUUAAAACCGGCUGCUACACAGCAGACUGUCAUGGAGCCUCCAGGUGGCCUCUGAUUGGUCCACAUUCCUCUCAGCAGGGGGCCACCCAUUGGUUUCCAGCGAGGAAAUAAAUGAGAUUGAAGAAACGCUUAAUUUAUCGCCAUUUUUAUGUAAAUACAACACAUCCACAGUAGUCGGGAAUAAAUAACAAUGUUGUAACAACAUCAAUGACAGGAAACUGCUUACGAAUACUCUGUUUCCGUAGCAACGGCUGCCUAAAUAAACAUUCCACAUCAA